AUGAACUUAUUGAACGUUGCGAAACAUCUUCUUCAUUUGGCUCAAACUGAAUAUGGAUUUGAAAAAUCUGCAACAACCAAUGAUGAAUUUUUUCUUGCUGAACGAUUAUACGAAAUUCUGAAAUCAAUUAAAGAUAGCCACUUUAGUGAAUUGUACACUUAUGACUGUCUCGACUUUGACGAUGAAUGUGAUGAAAUGACUACUGAAGAAGAAAGCGAUGAUGACAACGAUGAUCACGACGAGAAUGAAGAUUCUGAUAUACAAACUCAUUUCACAUUAGAAGAAAUGGAAAAUAUAAUAGAAUGGGUUGACCAACAUCCUAAUGCUAAAAUUGCAACUAUUUCCAAUCGAUUUAAAAAGAAACGAGCAAUUGAAAAAGAAACUGUUCACGAUGCUGACCUUGAACUUUAUGCAAUUCAAAAAGCAAGAGAAUUAACUUGGGAUACGUUCAAGGCCAGCAAAUGUUUUAUCAAUACUUUUAAGAGAGAAAAUAGAAUAUCAUCAAGAAGAUAUAACAAAAUUAUUACUCGAACUAAUCCAAAUAGAAAAUUUUGUACUUUAAAUGAUGCUCACAAUUGGAUUGACAGUAAAAGAACUUUAAUAUCAAAGUAUUCUUCUCAUCAAAUUUUAAACAGUGAUCAUUGUUCAUUUCAACAAGAAUACAUUCCGCCAAGAACCCUUUCUUUUACUGGUGAAAGAACAACAGAGGUGGCUGUUAAGAAGAAAUAUAAUACAACACAUUCAUAUACAGUCCAACCAGUUACAUCAGCCGAUGGUCACUUAUUAGACAAGUUCCUACUUAUUCUCCAGGAAAAAGAAAAUACAUUUGGUGUAAAUGUGCAGAAAAAAUUAAUUGUACCACCAAAUGUUGUAGUCAAAGCUUCAAAAUCAGGAAAAAGCAGCGAUGAAAAACAUCAUGCUUUUCUAAAUGAAGUUUUGCGUCCAUUGGUUGGUAAAAAAUUUCUUCUUUUCCUUGAUUCUUGGAAAACUCAAGCUGAUCUAACAAAAUUUAGAGCAGCCUUUCCUAAUCAAGAUAGUCAAUUAUUAAUUUUUCCUGAAGGAUCAACUGGCUAUAUUCAACCACAAGAUCUUUCUUUGUUUCGUUCAUGGCGAUUUAUUCAUGAAAAGAUUGAACACUAUAUUCAUAUCAAUCGUACAGAAAUGAAUGUAAGUGAUCGUCAAUAUUUCAUCAACAUACAUUCUAUCAUUCACAAUCAAUUAUCUGCUCCACAAUUCAAAAAUCUCAUAAAGAAUGGGUUUAUACAAGCUCGAAUAACAAACGAAACAAUUGAACAGAUUGAAAAGCCAAAAGACGUUUGUUUCAAGUUCUAUGAUCUGUACUGUUCAACUAACAACUGUGAUGAACGAACACUAUUGAUGUGUGCUUGGUGCAGAAAAGCUCUUUGUUAUUAUCAUCUUAUUGAAGAGCUACAUCUACAUUUUUAGCACAUUUGCUUUAAAUAGUGUAUUUUAUAGUAUAUUAUUUUCAGGUGAAAUAAAAUCGGUGAAAGUAUUGCGAUAAUUUAUACAUUUCAAUAACUACUAGCUGAUAUUCAUAUUCGAUAUUCUGAAACUACUCAUAGUAGAUAUCCAAACUAAUGUGAUAUAAAUAUUAUUAAUAAAAUUUAGAA